AUGCGGCGUUCAUCAAGUGUUAGCAGGCUUCCCAUAAGCCAGAGGGAAAGCAUGAUCAGACCAAGAACUCUUUCUCUAGAUAAAAGAGUGAGCAGCUCACCAUCUAGGCAAAAUCCAACAUCAAGUCGUACAAUUCAAGGAAGAGCAAGUUCUUCAUGUAGGACUCCAGUUCGGGCUUCAAGGCUCACAGUUCAAGAUAGGGGAAGAGCAAGUUCUUCAAGUAGAACUCCAUCUUUGUGGCCUCCAUCCCAAGAUAGAGGACGAUCCAGUUCAAAAUCUCCAGGUUCAUGUUAUUCUUCUGCAGCAAAGUCACGAAUUGAACAUUCAAUAAAUAAGAAAAAACAAUCAUAUGAACAAGCCUAUAUAAAAUUUGUGGAGUACAUUAAAAUGAAUCCAGCCAAAUUUGAUGCUAAAAUUGUUAAUGAAACUACCAUUAAACCGCCUUCCUUGAUAACAUUUAUUUAUAUAAUAAAUGUUUUGUUGCAAGAAAUUAAUUCACCUUUAAAAAUAUCACUGACACCUCAGAAUUACAAGGAAAUAUUGCCAAAUGAACUUAAAAGCUUGAAGUACCCAGAAACAGUUACACAAGGAACAUUUAGGCUUGUUAAUUCAAUGCAUGCCUUCCCUCAAGUAAUAUCCAUGUUUGCUUGGUUAAUAAAACUAAUCAACACUGCUAAAGAUUGUGGAGAACCUAUGAUGCAUGCAGUUGUCUUGAAGUAUUUCUUUACCUUGUUGUAUACACAGGAUUGGGGUAACAUUACCGAAAUAAAUGAUACAUUUCGCCCUGAAAUAGAUCAAGCUAUUGGACUGGAUAUUGAGACUUUUGAAAAAGAGAAAUAUUAUCUUAACAAAUAUGAGCAAGAACUACAAGUUAUAAGCAAUAAAUUAUCUGCAAACGAAGAAGAAGUAGAGUCAAUUAAACAGGAAAUGGCACAAAAGCUUGAGUAUAAUAAAAAUUUCAAAAGCAAAGACCAACAAAUUAUUGAUGAUUUGGAAUAUCAGUUGGUUGAAUGUAGAAAGAAUAAGCAAAUUUUAGAACAAAAAUUAGUAGAAGAAAGGAAAAAUCGUGUAAUGCUAAAAGAAACAAUAGAAACCCAACCAUGUUCCAAAAAGCAGUCUAAAUUACUUAAACAAAAAAUCGAACAAGCUAGAAAGCUUAUACAUUUUAAAAAGGAAAACAUUGAUGAACUCCAAAAGGUUAAUGAUGAUUUUGAUUUAAAUAUGCGUAAUCAAAUCAAUAAGAUUGAACAGUGGGUUCACCAAUGGAAUACCAGUUUAAUUAAAAUUAUAAUAAGUAAACCGGAAACAAAAGUGUUGCUUUUACGAGAAAAGGGUUUUAACGAUGACAGUUUCAUUGAAGACAUACAAACAAUUACUGAAAAAUCAAGGAAAUUACAAACAAUGUUUAAUUCUUACAUAGUGGAAGUCCGAAAAAAAAUUGAAUUGGAACUAAUAGCCAAGGAGAAUAUUAUAUUAAAAAUUUCUGAAGAAACAAAUGCUAAAAACGCAUUAUUAGCCAAGAUAUCUGAGUUGAAGGAAAACAUUUUGGUGAAGGAAAGUGAAGCCAGACUGUGCAUAGAACGAAUACAAUCUGAAAUGACUUCCCUUAUUGAAAAAAUCAAACUAUUGUCAUUUAAUAAAAAAUUGCUAAAACUGGAUGAAUAUUGUAAGGACUUAAAAGAAAGGAAUAUGCAGUGUUUAAGUGAAUUAAAUUUAUAUGGACAAAAUAUGGUAGUUGAUCUGGUAGCAUUUCAAAAACAAGUGGUUGCAACAAUAAAAGAAUGUGAUAGAGUAAAGAUAAAUACAAUGAAAUCAUUUAAUAUAGCCACUGCCAAACUAAUGGAAAGGGCACAAAAAAACGCUAAGCUACUUAAUGAUAUCAAAGAAUAUAGUAUAUAG